GUGCACUGCAGUAGGAAGCCAAACACUUUGAUAGAGUGAAAAAAAUUUUAUAUAAUGAGAGAGUGAGUGAUAGAGACAUAGUAUUAGUUGAAGGAGGAGCAAGCUGACAAAUAAUUUGGUAGGAGGGAGUGAGGGAGUUGAAAGCGAGUAAUGACUUAGAGAGUAAGAUGUCUAUGAGAGAGGAGAAAUAAGUAGAGAGAAAGAGACAGCUGCACUGAAUAAGAGAACGAUAUACAGUGAGAAGAACGAUUAGUACUGCAGUUGGUUGUUUGACGACGUAUGAAAACCGUCGUCCUUCAUUUAUGGCAGAAUUCGCUUCUCCCACGGACAUUUAUCCGCACAGAUACAAGGCUAAAUAGGAUAAUUAGCUGACUUUCAGGAUAAGGUAAGCCUUUGCUUAGCACUGCUUCAAACGACAUCUAAAUAUUCGGAAGUGUUAACAAAAUAUGUUUUAUAUACACUUCUAACCAAAAGAGAGAGAAAAAAAAAAAAGGUGCGUGUCUGUGUGAGAAAGAUCAGAAGAAAGCCAUCUAACCAAGAACUGUAGUCAUCAUUCUAAAGACAAACCACCAACGAUUUAUUUGUCACUCUGUCUAACUCAAUCAGUACAUUUUUAUUCUUCUACUUAUCGGUUUAUAUUGAUAUUUAAUCUGUUUUUUGUAAUAACAGUAUUUGAAACCUUGCUUUUAUUCCUCCCUUCCAUUGAGACUUGUAUUCAUAAUUAAAAUUAUGUCGGAAUCUCCCAUUGACAACACUGAACCCUUUUUGAGUUUCGCCAACCCUAACUAUCAGUUUGAGGACCGUUUGAAUAGUAAUGUUGGUAAUAUGUUAGCCAGUACUACCAGUUCGGGUGUUGGUCAUAGUAUUGGUGGUAGCGGUGGCAUUGUGACUUCGGAACUGAUCGAUGUGAGUGGUCAGCCGAUCAGCUCGCACAUCAAGGAUCGUAUGUUAUCCACUAACGGGACAGAAUCGAUAGAUUUCAGAAAUUCAAUUACCAAAAAUUCAACUUCCUCCUACUUAAAUGAGGAAGAUCUCGAUCUAGACAUUCACAAUCUAUCCAUCUCGUCUUCCAAGUCUCUCUCGUCUCGCUAUGAAGAGAACAAGGCAGUUGAUGUUGUCGAUGACGACGAGGAAGACGACGAGGAAGACGAUGACGAAGAUGAUGAUGAUGAGGAAGAAGAAUUUGAUAUCGAAGAAGAAAAAGAAAACCUUAUAUAUUUUGAACAGGAUCCCCAAAAUUAUGAUCAUAGAAUUCACUUGCAACACUUAGAACCAUUACAGCAAGUAACAACCCAUAAUUCAGAUGUGAAACAACGCAGGCAGUACGCCCAGCUCGAUUUGUCAUCUUUUGAUCUCAGCCCAUCUGAUGGGCACAAUCCUUUGGCUGCAGGACACGAACUUGGCAUGUUAAUGUCACCUUGUGAUGGAACCGGGGAUACAAUCAGUGAUGAUGACGACACAAGUGGUACUUACGAACAGUUAGAAAAAGACCCUUUGCUAGUAUACAAAAAUGUAGAUGAUGAUGACGACGAUGAGGAUGACGAUGAUGACGAUGAUGAUGACGACGACGACGAUGAUGAAGAUGGCAUGGGUGUGUACGAAAUAGAAUAUGAUGACGACGAUGUCUACGCUGAACAAGAUGAAUAUGAUGAGGAAGAGGAUAACAGAUUAAAUGAGGAGGAACGCCGUCGAAAAAAUAUCAAAGACAACAUAAGCAGACAACAUAUCAGUGUUGUUGGUCUGACAACUAGCACUGGUUGCAAUCGGGACUUAAACGCUUUGUCAGAUGAGAAACCCCGCAGUUUCCUUGAAUAUUAUUCUUUGCUGGAAGCGAAAGCUCAUGAGAGGCAGAUACGUGAUGACAUCAAUGAAGCUGACCAGCGGCUUGAACGCCUGGGAGUUGUCGAUGUUAAUAUUAUUGAUAAAGUGGGUCCCCAAGGUAAUAUUGAAGAUGAUGAAGAUGAGAAUACUAAGAUGAUUUCAUUUGAAAAAUCAAACAACCUGAAAAACGAGCAGUACAUGAAGAACCUUAAAGAGAUAAACUCUCCUGAUUCUCAUGAUAGUGGAAUCCAAUCUGACUCUCGUUUGGAUGAGAACAUCCUAAAUAUUCCAUCUGGGGCCAAUAACAUUCCUUCGAGUGAUGAAGAAGAUUUAGAGGACAAUAUUGAUAAUGAUAAUUUGAGACAUUAUGAUGAUGAUGUUGACGAAGUGGAAGAUGAUGUAGAUGAGGUCAAUGAUGUUGACAACAUUGAUUACGAUGAUGAAGAUGAUAGAGAGUCUGUUGAGGAAAAUAACUCAGAAACCCUCAUCGAUGGGAAACUUGAUUCUGAGGAGACUACGCCUAUAGAACAGUUACCCCUAGGCUGGGAAAAACACGAGGAUGAAGAUGGUCCUUACUACUGGCACAUACAGAGUGGGACCAUACAGCGGUCUCCUCCACCUCCACCUUCACCUGGCCAGAUGGAUUCCAAGCGCUCUCUUUCCAGUGACAGUAGUCAGGCUUCAGCACCUAGUUCAGUGCCUUCAAGCCCCAAUAGCACCAGUUCCAACACAGAAGAACAUUUACAAGCAUUUGAAAGUCAUGUAUUAAAAUAUGCUGCUAAAUCCUUGCAGUCUCUGUGUUCCAGCACAGCAAAAUCACCUGUACCAAUCAGGAAAUUUUCAAAGCAUGAGCCUGUGCGCUUUGCUGUUCGUUCAUUUGGCUGGGUGUGCAUUGCUGAUGAUGAUCUGAGCCCUGAAAAAAGUAGCAAAGCUGUUAAUAAGUGCAUAUUAGAUCUAUCACUUGGACGCAAUGACCUCAACGACGUCGUCGGCCGCUGGGGAGAUGGAAAAGACCUCUACAUGGACCUAGAUGACCAUAGCCUACGUCUGGUGAGUCCUAAUGAUGGCACUAUCCUCAACAUCCAACCAAUUCAUACCAUACGUGUUUGGGGUGUUGGACGUGAUAAUGGCAGAGAUUUUGCAUAUGUAUCACGUGACAAGACAACUCGUAAGCAUAUGUGCCAUGUGUUCCGCUGUGAGACACCAGCUCGAGAGAUUGCCAACACACUGCGUGAUAUCUGCAAACGGAUAAUGUUGGAACAAGGUCUCCAGCAGAAUAAUGCCAUGAAUCGCUUAAACCGCCCCACUGACCUUCCAAAUCUUGACCGUAGCAAGCAAACAAAUGGUCAGAAGCUCACUUUCCAAAACCUUUAUAACAAUGCAUCAUUUCCAACACCAAUGGAAGAACCAAAGAAAGUAGUACGCUGUCAUUAUCUUGGCUACAAGGAGGUUUUCAAAGCAAGUGGUAUGGAGACUCUUAACAAUGCUAUUGAGAGCUUGUAUGCCAAAGUGCCCCCUGAGAUGUGGAUCUUUGUUGAUGUUGCUAUUGCACCAUCAACUAUCACCAUUUCAGAGCACAACAAUCAAGAGAAGAAGAUUGAUGAAUGCAGAGUGCGUUUCCUUUCAUUUCUGGGCAUUGCAAUGAGCAAUGUCAAACUAUGUGCUUUCAUCAUGCACACUGCAGAGGACCAGCAUUUUGCCCAUGUUUUCCACUGUGAACCAUCGGCGGGACCUUUGUGCAAGACUAUUGAAGCAGCCUGUAAACUAAGAUAUCAAAAAUGCCUUGAUGCUCACCCCCAGACACCAACCACGCAGAAAUCACAGCACGGCAAAAGCCUGGGUGCUAGCAUCAAAAAGAGUGUGAAGUCUAUAGUGAAUUCAAUUUCUCAUAAAUACAGACCCCCAAAGUGACAUGGUUCAGACAACUAGCAUUACUCAUUUGCAAUGUUGCCACAUUUUAUGUG